CACACUAACACACACUCUAACACACUCACACAGCCUCCUCCUGUCUCUCAUUUCCUGGAUCCAGCGUGUCCGAGCUGCUGUGGAAAAACUUUCCGGAGUGCGUCGUUGCGCACAGAGCUGAAGUGUGUGUGGAGGAGGAGGAGGAGGUGGAGGUGGUGGAGGAUCUGGGAUUGUAUACUCUCCUAUACUGGGGGGGUGAAGGUUGAGGAUGUCGGCCGUGAAGGCUCUGCAGCAGUGGUGCCGGGUCCGGUGCGACGGAUACCGGGACGUGUCCAUCACCAACAUGACCACGUCGUUCAGGGACGGCAUGGCUUUCUGUGCGCUCAUCCACAAACACAGACCCGAUCUCAUCAACUUUGAUUCACUGAAGAAAGAGGAUGUUUAUGAGAACAACAAACUGGCGUUCAAGGUUGCGGAGGAGGAGUUGGGAAUUCCAGCGCUGUUGGAUGCAGAAGACAUGGUGGCUCUUAGGGUUCCUGACCGUCUCAGUAUCCUGACAUACGUGUCCCAGUACUACAACUACUUCCACGGACGCUCCCCGAUCGGUGGUUUGGGAGGCAUAAAGCGCCCGGCCGACAACCCCACGGAGGAGCCGUCCGGGAAGAAGAACCAGCCGGUGGCAGCAAAAGUGUUUCCAUCUUCCAAACCGGCCAGAGAGAACAGCCCUCCGCCCUCCUCCAACAUCACAAGGCCCUCUCCUUCUCCAAAACAAACCAGGAAUGCCACAAAGGAUGCCGUUGUUGAUAGAUCCCAUCAGACGGGCACCCUGAGCAACAAAUGUGCGUCCUGCAAUUUCCACGUUCACCUCGUGCAGCGACAUCUAGUGGACGGAAAGCUCUACCACAGGAGCUGUGCAAAGGCUCUGUCGCCUACAAACCCAACAGCACUUUUCAGAGGUUUACCGACAAACACUCCGGUUUCCAGAUUAACUCCUCUAGCAGACGCCACUAAAACCAACACAGUCACUCCAACUCACACUCCCUCCAGACUGGGACCAUCAUGGCUGACGGAGAAACCCAGUACCCCUCCCACCUUCUCCACCACUCUUUCUUCCAAUUCGUCUCCCUCCCGGCCUGCUUCCAGUCUCUCUCCUGCCGCUAAAGAGAGUCCGACAUGUGUCGUCUCCAAACCGGCGGCUUCACGUACUCCCAGUGCCUCUCCCGUCACCACAGCGACCACUUCUAUCAACACCAUGCCCGUUGCGGCUCCUCGUACCUCCAUCACGGCGGCCAAGACGACGCAGUCCAAGUUCAAGUUCUUCAAAUCGGAAAGCGAUGAAGAGAAGAAAAAGACCACGACCACCAGCAUCGUCAUAAACAAAGGGCCGAACGCGACCGAUAAGGUGAAGGAGGCCACAGCGGGACAGGCCGUCUCUUUGGUGGUGAAUGUUGGCGGUUUUGGCAAAAAGGAAGCGAAUGUGAGCCCAAACGCAGGUGGAGAUUCGAAGGCGAAAGCACGUGGAGAAGGUGGAGAUUCAAAGGCGAAAACAGCUGGAGAAGGUGGAGAUUCGAAGGCGAAAGCAGCUGGAGGAGGUGGAGAUUCGAAGGCGAAAGCAGGAGAUUCGAAGGCGAAAGCAGCUGGAGAAGCAGGAGAUUCGAAGGCGAAAGCAUCUGCAGCGGCCUUCAUCUCCAAAAAACUGACUGAGGAGAACAACAACAACAACACCGCUAAGCCGGCGUGGACGACUGUAGCGCUGAAGAAAACUGACAAACCUGCUCCUCAAGUCGAGACGCCAAAGAGGGAGACGGAGGGAGUCCGAGGGAGAAAGGUGCUGAAGGCAGACCGCUCAAUCCUCGAUGACCUGCCGACCCGGACUGACACCCGGACUCCGAGCCCGGCCGGCGGGAGUGGACUCAGAGCCAGAACCCCAGACAGAGGAGCCCCAAAGCCCGGCGGUGCAUCGCCUAACACCUCAGCAUUAGAAAACAAAGAUUCUCCUUCGGACUGGAGGUCGAAGCUCAAACCCAUCGCCAAACCUGCUGGUCCUUCAGAGGCCUCCCCUAAACCCUGGGCUAAUGGAGCCGGAAAGCCUCAGACUUCAGAUCUGUCUGUCGGGCCUUCUCCCUCCUCUCACCUCUCCAGCCUGAGCAUUUCUGUCACUCCACCUGCAGAAAAGGGAUUCCUGAAUGGUCAGAAAGACCCAACUGAAAAUGGCACCAAGUCCGAGUCAAAGAAGCUGAAACCAGGCUACAUUCUCAAAGAGGACAUCAUGAGGGAACUGCAGGAGAUUGAAGAUAAUUUGAACGAGUGGGAGAAAAGAGGAGUGGAGCUGGAGGUGAAGCUCCGCAGCAGUGAACACGAGGGUGAAGACGACUCUCUCAUGGACGUGUUCAUGAUCGAGUGGUUCAACCUGAUCAGGAACAAGCAGGUGGCCAUGCGCCGGGAGUCUGAACUGGUCUACAUUGGUAAAACCCAGGACCUGGAGGAAGAGCAGCCCACUGUUGAGCAGGAGCUCAGGAGACUGAUGGAUAAACCAGAUCGUCUGAAAACCAGCUGGGACCGGAAGAGGGAAGAACAGCUGAUGGCCAAACUGGUGGAGAUCGUCAACGACAGGAACGCUAUUAUAGAGGGUCUGGAUGAGGACAGACUCAGGGAGGAAGAGGAGGACGAGGAGCUCGACAAGAUGAUGAUGAGUUUCAACAUAAAGAAAGACAAACCAAAGAAGAAGUCUCCGAUGUCCAAACUGUUCAGUUGGGGGAACAAGAAGGAGGGAUGAUGCUCCGCUAAACACAGCGCUGUGACUGUCUUUGAUCUCUCUCUCUUUUUUUUUUUUUUUUUUUCUACCGCUCUUGUUGUAGUCUUCAUGUCAGUGUACGCCUGUGAUUGAUGGGAUAACACUGAUGAUGGUGUGUGUGUGUGUGUGUAUGUGUGUGUAUGUGAUCUGUCAUUUUAAGCGCUUCUAGAGAAAUGCCCUUCCCUCUGUCGACUGCAUCACUCAAGAUCUGACGUUACUCCUGCCUUCCUACGACGCACACACACACACACACGCACACACACACACACACACACACACACACACACACACACACACACACACACACACACACACACACACACACACACACACACCGAACUGAUGUUUAGGGGUUAAUGACUCACCCAGCCGUGAUGUGAUUGGGUUCAGCGCUCCAGUUGUUAGUUUUAAUACCCUUCUAGUCUUAAAUCUGUCUACUUAAUGC